ACAGCUGCACCUGGUCAGCAAUCAGCGGGUCUACUAUUUAAGGUGGAUGGAGAACACAGCUCAGCGCCGGAUGAUUGCUACUGUUUGGUCUCGACACAUCAGGAUUUUUCUCACCACAACUCCAUAGGACUCUGGAUUUGCUCUGCCACGUUAGUCCAUCCAUCCAUCCUGACUGACCCGCUCUCUCUCCCGUUCCCACGCUCCCUCUCCAGCUCUGGAAUUCCCCUUGGACACACCCUGGCUCACUACCUUCCCCUCAGCCCUAUUCCCACACUACCCAGUAAGUCUUUACUCUGCACCUCCCAGUUUAGACUUACUCCUCAGGACUCACCUCAUUCUGCUCUCCCCUCCAGACGCUGCAUUCUCAUUCCCAGUCCGCUGGAAUUCCCCGUACGCCUUUAGUUAUCGUUUUCAAAAUAAAAUCUAUUUUUUCUCAUCCUUCUGUGUCUUGGGCUUGAUUCUGCAUGUCUUGGGUUAGACACCUCCCCCAGAACAUGACACAUUGUAGCUUCUUCUGGGGAGAAAAACACUUAGAGAAAAAAUGAAGUUAACAGCUGAAAUAGCAGGAAAUAAUACAGUUUAAGAGCAAAUUGUAGAAGAAAGUAGUAGAGUGUGGAAAGUGGUCAGUGUGUCCUCCAGCAGUCUAAGCCUAUAGCAGCAUAACUACAGAGAUAACUCUGGAUAACCUAUCCUUUUCGACUAAACAACUAGAGCUCUGUCAUUGGACCGCCAAACAACUUGAGCGCUGUGAUUGGACCACCACCAGAUGUCCACAUGGUCAAUGGAGCAUGGCUAGACCGAUCAUUUUGCUUCAACAAAACAAUCUGUCUAUUCUAGGCUACUGUAUUGUCCCUGAUUUCUUUUUCCACCUGGCAGUUAGAAAGUACGGAUGGUCAUCGUUCAAUAUGAAAUAAAAUGGGUACCGCGUACUCUAAGGCUGGGGUGUUGAGCUCAAAUUCACACUGGGCCAAUUUUGCUCCGUUUGCUCCACUGUGAUUUUGGGGAGGAAAAAUAAAAUCCGCAGCAGCCACAGAGUCAUACUCUGACUUGAGCGCAUCGCUACUGGAGUUAAAUCAGCUCCAUCUGGAGGUUGGUCGGUGGGCUUUCCAUGCCAACCACCAGCAGAUUACUGAGCAGGUGACAUAAUCGGCAUAUCACAGAGUACACUCAAAGCUGAGUAAGAUGAAUAUUUUCAGUUUGUCCCAGACUGAGGAGGGAACGGCUGCAGAUGCAGAGACUGGUAGCACAGACGCUAAUAUAACAGAAAGGAGGGGGUGCUUUGACUGACGCGCCGCAAUGCACUAUGAGGUUUGUAGUAUUUACAGCAAAUUCGCCGGUGGGCCAGUUCUAAUACAUAUUUGAUAUACGAUCUCGUGGGCCAAACAGGAAUAGAUAGUGGGCCAGAUUUGGCACGAGGGCCUGAGUUUGACACCUGGGCUCUAAGGCUUCAGGAAAAGAUGCACCCGUUUCUAUUUCCAGUUAAGUACUUUUUCUGUUUAUGGUGACAGGCAUGUUCAUAUGAUGUCAAACUAGAGAAACUCGCCCUGGGAAGAAAAAGGAUGAAAAUAGAGAAGAUGGAGCUGACUCAAAGCAAAGCUCCCAUUAAAACUGAUUUGGAUCUGUGUCCACAGACACAAGGUUUUCUGCUCUUCCAUGUUUAUUGGUCACAGAACAAAAUGGAGCAAUGUUUCACCUCUUCAUCUAGAGCCUUGUGAAGGUCAGAGGGGCCGAUGGUGGGAGCUGCAAACACCACAGAUCCCAGAUCAACUGGAUUUAAAACACUUCAGGGUCAAAUUAGGAAUUAAAAGGUGCAUAAGCAUUGUAGCUUUCAGCAUGAAAAUAUUCCUCCUCUCAGUUCGAAAGUUUCGAACUGUACACAUCACACACACUAAUGCUGAACAUAUAAAUCUGCAGGAAUUCCUCCCGUUUGAAAGUCUUGUUGAAAAACUGAGGAGAAGGAGUCAUUUUGCUGUGAGAGCAGCCCAUUAACAGGUGAGAACCCCUGGAGGGAGGUCCAGCUGAAAGCUGCAGUAUGUCAGCUUUGUUCAUAAUAAAAAGCAUCUUAGCAAGUCCUAAUAUCACACAGGUCAAAUGGACUUGUGCUGCGUCAUAAAGAGAAACUUGUUUUCAACAACACUUGUGCUUGAUGUUUAAUGCUUGAUGCUUUAUACUGUAUGUAAAGGAAAAUAAAACACAAAAUAUGCAACAGCUGAACAAAUGGGCUCAGCUCCGGGACAUCUCUCCUCUGAUUGGCUAACAGCAACACAACUCUUACCAUUGACUCAAAUAGCACAAGCCUGGAGGAGUUCUGCUGUAUUGCUUUGUAACAUGUAACCAUAAAAAUCGGGUCUAAAGUACAUAGGGCAAGGGUCUAGUAUCUUUGGGGGAUGCCAUAAUAGACGCCGUGUUUCCUUCUGGCCGGCUCGGGGUCCUGCGCCUGUCAGUGACGUUGAACUAGAUGAUUGGCUGGACGUACAACUUACGGAAGCUAAGUAACCACGUUCAAAAAUAUUUAGGUUGUAAAUAACAAGAAUUUAAUAACAAAACUGCUAAACUCUUCCCAAAACAUAAGUAAAAGAACAGAAUCGAAAAAGGGAUGCAGUAAAGUUUGGCCGAGUGGUAUUGCCAUAGUAUGAUGAAGUCAUCAGCAGGUGCAGACUCUGAGCAGGUCUGGAAACUACAGCACCAGAAAACCAGUAUUGGCAUUGCGUUCUCUCGGUGGAGUUAACUGAUGGACCAUCAAAGUUGGAGAAGUCACACUGAGGUUGCACGCUUUCUGGCAACAAUACAAUUCUCCGAGUCCAAAUCUGAACCAUUCCCAAUAACUUCAAGUCAUUCAUGGACAUUUGAUCAAACCCAUUUCUUUGUAUGCUGGUUGGUCGUCAGAUACUGUAAAACCUGUUUUAACUCGCAGGUUAUGUAACACAAGCUGUGUGUGAGGAAAAGAAAGUCUGAUUAAAUCUGCAAAACUUAGAGUUUACUCUUCCUGUCUGGUACAGAUUCUGUCCGUAACUGUACGUUGGCAGCAGACGGUCUGUUGCUGCAGGUCUGUUUGGUUUCCACAGACUGACUGACAGGUUUCUCUAGUAGAGCAAACAGAACGCCUCUGAUGUUAGGCUUUUGACUCGCAUCCCCUCAUGUCUGCACGCCUGUUAUGAGUGAUAAAAUAUGAGAAGACUGUGAUGAAGACGUGUGAGGAGACAUCUCUGCUGCAUCCUGCUGAAGGAAACUCGCACACAACAUCCCACCAACAAUCUAAUUAAAGAGCUGGCACCCAAUAACAUGGUUCAUCAAACUGUCAGUCAGCAGCGAGCAGCUAAUGAGGCACAUCCAGAUGAAAAACUCAACAAUGAGUAAUGUUUACUUUUGUUUGGCUUCAAAAUUAAAGCGUGAGCACAUUACACCGGUUUUAGAAUCAUUGCAUUGGCUCCCUGUAUGUUUCAGGAUCAAUUUUAAGGUUCUUCUAAUGGUUUUUAAGUGUCUUAAUGGCCUUGGGCCUUCUUAUCUCUCAGAACUGCUUUUACCAUAUGAACCCUCAUAGCCUCUGCGCUCAGGCGUCUCCUGGUCAUCCCCAAAGUCAGAACACACACACGGCGAGGCGUCCUUCCAAUAUUACGGCCCUCGGCUCUGGAACGAUCUGCCGGAGGACCUCAGGGCCGCAGAGAAUGUUCAUGUUUUUAAGUCCAGGCUCAAGACCCACCUAUUUAGGUUAGCUUUUAUCUAAUAAUUUACUAAAGUUUUAUUUCCGUUUUACGUGAUCAUAUUUUAUUACUGGCCUUUCAUGUUUUAUAUGAUUAUAUUUGAGCAUUGUUUCAUUAUUUAAUAUUAUUUUACUGUCUAUAUGAUUUAAUUUAUUACUUAUUUUCUUACUUUAGUCAUUUAUACUAGCUAUUUUAUUUUCAUAUUUUUACUCAUUUUAAUCCAGUGUUUUCUCUGUAGGGGCCCUCUGCCCCAGGGGCGGUGGUCGACUGUUGCUUCCUGGGCGCUCUAUAGGUAGUGUUUAAGUGGAGGUGGGGGUCAUUGCUCCCCCUCCACUUAGCACCCUGACUUAGUGUGGAAGACCUGAUGCUGCCGGGGCAGAUGGCUCCUCUGAUGGCGUUUCCUUGCCUUACCUUACUUGACUCAUCUGGACUCAGCCGAAGAUACAUUUUUACUGAUGUGUGUGUGUGUGUGUGUGUGUGUGUGUGUGUGUGUGUGUGUGUGUGUGUGUGUGUGUGUGUGUGUGUGUGUGUGUGUUAAUGUUUUUAAACUGUUAUGGGAAUUUGGGGUCAUUUUGUAAAUCACUCUGAGUAGCAGUUUGCUUGAAAAGCGCUUUAUAAAUAAAAUCUGAUUGAUUGGUUGAAAAUUAAAGCGUUGCAACUUGCUUCACUGGCUGCAGCUCUCCUCCAGCUGCCCUGUACCUCCUGCAUAGCUCCUUAAAUACCUGUAUUGCAUCAGUCAAGAACACGCAGACAUCGCACACACCUGUGGGGCCGCUACAUGUGUGCAGCAGCAGGUAUGCUCCCUUGCUCUGCUCCUGAGGGGAAAUUCUGCUUUCCUGAGCAAGUUUUGUUUUUGACAGUUUGGAGGCAGAAACCAUGAAAUCCACUGGAUCACAUGACUGGUCACUUUCAAAUCAAUCCCACCCAUGUGAUGGCCAUGACCAUAGCUGACAGCUGUUUUUGUGAAGGACAAUUUCACUAAAUAAUUUAGUUCCAAACCUGCAACUCUCAAGCCUGGAGCACACCGGAGGCGGCCGCGCCCACGGCGUGCCUCACCAUCAUUUUAAGUAGAAGCCAUUAUAGCUAAUGAGAGUGGGCACACGGGGAGCCCCAUCCCAGAAGCGCCGCGCCGAGGCGUUCAAGAUUGGUGCCAGUUCUAUCUCAGGCGCUGCAGCUGUUUACAACAUUGUGGAGUAUUUUACAACAGACAUUACGACAAACCCACCUGCAGUUUUGAUAACUUUAAAGUACUAUUGGCCUUAAAAUAUUCUAAUAAUAGCUUACUUACCCAUUUUUAAUGAAUUAGAGUCUCAGAAAACACGACAGCAAGUCUGAUCACGUAUACACACUUUCCACUUUCUGUUCACAAGUUCCGCGUGAUGUCGUGACUAUUGCGUGACUUUCCUUUUUCUUAUUUUUCUUUUUUUUCCCCGUGUCCUGUCUGGCUGUGAAGCAAGCAGAAUUAAUGUCUGAAUGCUGGUGACAAGCCGUACAGAUUUACUCUCAGGUGGAGCAUCAAAGCAUCUUCUCUUAAUGUCACGCCUGAUACUUAAAACUUUAUUGUUAUAGUUUUUUGAAUGCUUGUAAUUCCGACCAGACACGGAGACAGAGGUGACCUGAAGAAAGAGAAAAAACAAACAAAAAAAAAAAAGAAGGGGACACACAACAAUACAACUAGAUCAAGCUAUCACUGCAUCACACGCUUGUAUUUGUAAGGUUUCUCUAUAGGAGCGUCCAAUAGAGAGUGUGAGGGGCCACAGAUCUACCCCCCAAAGAUGUGUAGGAGAUGGAGGGAGCUUCAAGUCCGAGAGAUCCAGGAGCUGCCCCAGAGCGCAGGGACCCCAGGAAGACUAUAACCAGAAAAGCCCCAGCCCUCUCGAGAGGCGCAGAGGAUUGCCCCGAGGGGUCACAACCAGCAGCUGGCAGAGUCCCAGGAGAUAUCAGCGGCAAGCCCACAGGCCCGCCCACAGCCUCCCACCCCCAAGCUGGCCGAGGCCGGAACCCAGUGACCCAGGACCCAGGGGCAACCACCCCCUCCGGGGACCCAACAGAGCCCAGGGACUCAGAUCCCACCAGGUAGCCACUGGGAUCAAUCAGGCAGACUCCAAAAAUCUGAAACCCCCUGACCCGGGAGCCGCAAACACUCAGGCAGACCAAGGCACCACACUCCACAUCUAAUGUGGCAGAGGGUUUAAGAUCAGAAGUGGCAGGGGGAGGGUAGGUGAAGAUGUGUAGUAGCUAGGGUUGUCACGAUACUAAAAUUUCAAACUCGAUUCGAUACUUGAAAAAAAAACUCGAUACUCGAUUUCGAUACUAUUUAAAAACACCAAUUUAUUGAACAAGUUUAUUCAAAAAAUAACAUUCCUCAAUUUAUAUUGCAAAAAUAAAAUGUUAAAAAUUAAGUGUAUAAAGUGCUUAAACCUUUCAAGUAUCCGCAUUUUUUAAAACUUGCAUACAAAAACUGGCGAAAGUUAACACUUUAAAUCAUGAAUUGUCUCACUAUAUAUACACUAUUUGCAGAGUGAUGUUUUGCUGCUUAAACUCUGUUUAAGGUGCAUUUUUGUCAUAAGAUGUAAUGCCAUAUGUUUUGUUCUGUACUUUUGAACAACUCUGUUGGUCAAUAAAGGAAGAAAACGAAUUUCUCCACAGUAGGACAAAGGUACAUCUACCGGUAAUCUUAAUAAAAACAGACUGGCGCACGGCAGUGACGUCAUUAAAAGCGCUGGUUAGAUUAGCCGCGGCUAGUCUGUUCACGCCUAGAAAUCCCAGACCCGCUCCAAAUGAACAGGGGAAUCAUGUUAAUGAUUCCUAACAAAACCAUUCGACAUUGAGAUGUUUUGGUGCAGAUAAUGUCUUAUUUCGAGGCUGCACCAUGGGUGCCCGUCCGCACCCGUUAUAUGGACAUACACUGAUGGCGAUUCGCCGAUGGAGCUACGGUAAAUACCCCGGGGAAUCCAAGUAGCACCAAAGUUGUCAGCGUGAGUAAACAAACUUACUGCAUGCUAGAAAUUAAGUCCGGGUUGCAAUAAACGGGAGUUUCCUUUAAGCACAUAAGCGUGAAUAUACAACUACGUGUCGGACUUGGUAUGCUAAUUAAGCUGGGCUGUGAAGCGCCUCCCAAAUUCGCUGUUUAUGUUUUUGUUUAUUUAUUUGGCAGACAAAACUUGGAUCAGAGACAACUCGCGUGGGAAAUUGUAAUGUAGCCAUGCGGCGUCUUCUUCUGUUUGUCUGGGAGGCGGAGGCUGCUUUACGGCAUCUGGCUGUCGUGCGUGUCGGUGUACUUGAAGAAGGAUGUGUAUAAUAGUCCAUAAUAUUGAUACCACAGGGAUGGAAUAUCUAAUUUAGAUACCACUUUUAGUAUCGAUUUAUAUAUGUAUCGAUUUUUUUGACAACACUAGUAGUAGCACAAGAAGUCCCAGGAGAGGGGAGGAGUCCAAGACCCCACCUGACUUAUACAGCCACCAUAAUGCGUGACUUUCCAAGAAGCGCUCAGCGGCGCAUCCUGUGUGACCACUUGACUUCUCAAAAUCUCAGGUGUGACACAGCGUGGCGAGUCUGUCUCCGGUGUGCCCCAGGCUUUAGACUCCUCACACACGGACCAAAUGGAAUGUAGAUAUUUUAAAACACAUGAUGCAAGAUGUGUUUAUGUUUGUAUAAAGGACACAAAACUGAUGUUUAGCAUCUUAGUAUCAUUUUCAAGUCUAAAAAUCACCAUGAAAAUCACCUUAUGUGAAUUUUUUUCGGUUAAAGGGGACAUAUUAUGCGAAACUCACUUUUGCAUCCUACUAUGCUGCCACAUGGAGACUGGUUUAAACUGGCUGUGAACUUCUUGGACAUGUUUUGUGUAGUACUAUUUUCACAAGAAAAAAAAGAGGUCAUAAUAUGUCUCCUUUCAUGCGAUCUCCUAGUAUAAUCUUAAAAAUAUGACCAGGACCAGAUCCUAAUCUGGUUCUGACUGAACAAGUUGAAUAUUCACUUUUUGCAACAGUUAACCAAUAAAAAAACUUGUAAUUUAGGAACAAUAAACUUUUUUGUCUGCCAAGCAUCCUGGUGGAAGGGAUUCUGAUAAUUCAGAUGAACCAAGCUUGUUCAUAUUUGCUGUUUCAUGUUCAUGCAGAUCCACCUGACUAGUAAUGAGCCUAAAUUUGCUUUUCAUAACUCUAUGAUAUUGACUUAUAGACAAAUAAUUGUCAGCAAAAUGGAUAAUUUCCCCUCCUGUAAUUAUUAUUUGCCUGUUGUUGAGAUCUUAGUAUUCAUCUGGGAGUCAUAAAAACUAACCAGGUGGAAACGAGAAGGAAAAAGGUUUUAUUUUGUUCCCCAGAGGUGAUGCAGGAGAUGACUCAUAGUUCUGCUGCCAUACUCUCCGUCAGUUGCUUUAUCUCGCUCUCAUAGCCUCUCUGGUCUCUCUACCUUCUAUCUUCUGUGAACACAAAUGUCACACGUUUGGUUUGAAAGGCUCUCUGUGGUCUACAGCCUCAGGAUGUGAGCUCUGCUGUCAGAUGUCUUUAUCAUCCAGAGGACUGUAGAUCACCUUUCCUGCAUGUUUUCUCAGCUUUCUGCACUUUUCUAGCAUCAGAGAAGUGGAGUGGAGCUGCAGACUGGAUGGUUGGUUUGUGGGUGUGUGGGUGAGGAAAUAAAGGAAGAUGGAGGCUGAGAACAGGUCAGAGGAGGAGAGAGAAGAAGAAUAAGGCAGAGAGAGAGAGACAGGGAGAGAGAGGACAAUGAGAGCGGAUUUAAAAUCGUUUGACAGGCUGUGAUUUUCCUCUCGUCUGCUGGUUCGGAUCGCUGUUUAGUUCAGGAGCUUCUCCCUGUUGCUGCCAAACCAGGAGAGGAAGGAGAAGGGAGAGGAACAACUCAUCUCUCCAUCACACCCAAACACAAGGUCGAUUUGUUCUACAAGGUUCGUCACGUGAUGAUGGAGCUAAUCGACCUGAGAAGGCAGCUUUUGUCCGGCCACCUCACCCAGGAUCAGAGCAGAGACGUCAAGAGACACAUCACCGUCAGACUGGACUGGGGCAACGAACACCUGGGUCUGGACCUGGUCCCGAGGAAGGAGUUUGAGAUGGUCGAUGAGGACCAGAUAAGUGUGUCUGAUCUUUAUAAGAUGCAUCUGUCCAGCAGACACAACAUUCAGCAGAGCACCACACAGGGGGAGAACACUCGGCAGAGACAUGGAGAACCCUCGAGGGUCCCUGUACCACACCACCUACUGGUCAACCUGAAGAGCUUCACCUACAACAUCGGGGAGGACACGGACAUAUUCUUCUCUCUGUAUGAUCUAAGGGAGGGAAAAACCAUCAGUGAGAAGUUCAUGGUGAGACUGAACAAGAACGGAGGACCAAAGAAUCCAGAGAAGGUGGACCGGCUUUGUGCGCUCUUUACGGAUCUGAGCAACAAAGACAUGAAGAGAGAUCUCUACAUCGUCUCACAAGUGAUCCGCACAGGUCGCAUGCUGUUGAACGACAGUAAGAAAGGCCCGCCACAUGUUCAGUACCGCCGGCCAUACGGCUGCGCUGUUCUGGCCAUGAGCGAUGUGCUGCAGAUAAUCUCAGAGUUAAAAGAAGAGAAAGACUUUGUCCUGAAGGUUUACACGUGUAACAAUGAGAACGAGUGGUACCAGAUCCAUGAAAACAUCAUCCGCAAGUCGAGCAACAAAUAUACAGCGCCUAGCAUCAACUACGGUCUGAUCAUCUCCCUGCAGCUGCUGAGAGGAGACAUAGAGCAGGUCCGCAGAGAAAACCCACUCAUCUUCAGCAGGGGGGUGGCCAUCACUCGGAAGCUGGGGUUCCCAGAUGUCAUCAUGCCGGGCGACAUCCGUAACGACCUGUACCUGACACUCGAGCGAGGAGAUUUUGAGAGGGGAGGGAAGAGCGUUCAGAAGAACAUCGAGGUGGCCAUGUAUGUCCUCUACGCUGAUGGAGAGAUACUAAAGGACUGCAUCAGCCUGGGUUCUGGUGAGCCCAACCUGCCCGAGUACCGCUCCUUCGUCCUCUACCACAACAACAGCCCCCGCUGGAGCGAAGUCAUCAAACUGCCGAUUCCCAUCGACCGCUUCCGAGGCUCUCACCUUCGAUUUGAGUUCAGACAUUGUUCAACAAAAGACAAAGGAGAGAAAAAGUUGUUUGGCUUUGCCUUCACUCCACUGAUGAGGGAGGAUGGAACUACUUUAUCUGACGAGAGUCACGAGCUCUACGUCUACAAGUGUGAUGAGAACACAACCUUCAGUAACCACGCCCUCUACCUGGGCCUGCCGUGCUGUAAGGAUGACUUCAACAGCUGUCCCAACAUCCCCUCCAGCCUCAUCUUCCAGCGAAGCACCAAGGAGACGUUCUGGAUCUGCACCCAGCUCUCCUCCACCAAACUCACUCAGAACGUGGACCUCUUGGCCCUGCUAAAGUGGAAGGCUCACCCUGACCGGGUCAUGGACAUCCUCGGGCGUCUUCGGCACGUCAGCGGGGAAGAAAUAGUAAAGUUUCUCCAAGACAUUCUGGACACUUUGUUCUCCAUCUUGGACGACAACACGGACAAAUUUGGGCCUCUUGUGUUCCAGUCACUGGUUUUUAUCAUAAACUUGCUCAGGGACAGUAAAUAUUACCACUUCAGGCCGGUGAUGGACACGUACAUCCAGAAGCACUUUGCUGGCGCUCUGGCCUACAAGGAGCUGAUCCGCUGUCUGAAGUGGUACAUGGACCGAUCUGCCGAAGUGGUCAGACAGGACCACAUACAGGAGGCCAUGAGGGCUUUGGAGUAUCUGUUUAAGUUCAUUGUCCAGUCCCGGAUCCUUUACUCACGAGCCACCUGUGGGAUGGAGGAGGAACAGUUUCGCACCAGCAUCCAGGAACUCUUUCAGUCCAUCCGCUUCGUCCUCAGCCUGGACAGCCGCAACUCAGAGACGCUUAUCUUCACCCAGGCCGCUCUGUUGAACUCGUUUCCGGCCAUCUUUGAUGAGCUGCUACAGAUGUUCACAGUCCAGGAGGUAGCAGAGUUUGUUCGAGGCACUUUGGGCAGCAUGCCGUCAACGGUGCACAUCGGCCAGUCGAUGGAUGUGGUGAAGCUGCAGUCCAUCGCUCGGACUGUAGACAGCCGGCUCUUCUCCUUCCCUGAGUCUCGAAGGAUCCUUCUUCCUGUGGUUCUUCAUCACAUCCAUCUUCAUCUGAGACAACAGAAAGAGCUCCUCAUCUGCUCAGGAAUACUCAGCUCCGUCUUCUCCAUUAUCAAGACCAGCUCGCUGGACAUGUCGGUGCAGGAAGAGAUUGAGAUGAUGGUGGAGUCCUUGCUGGAAGUCCUCCUGCAGACACUUCUGUCAAUCAUGAGCAAGAGCCAAUCGCAGGAGGCGGUAAGGGGUCAACGCUGUCCGCAGUGCACCGCGGAGAUCACUGGAGAAUACGUCUCAUGUCUCCUGUCGCUCCUUCGUCAGAUGACUGACAUCCACUUUCAACGCUUGAUGGAGAAUUUCCAGAGCAAAGAUGAGCUGAAGGAGUUCUUGUUGAAGAUUUUGUGUGUGUUUAGAAAUCUGAUGAAGCUCAGCAUUUUCCCUCGGGACUGGAACAUCAUGAGGUUGCUCACUAGCAACAUCCUCCUGACCACAGCUCAGCAGCUUGCUCCGGCUCUGCACAAGAACUUUGCAGAAACAGAUUUUGACUUUAAGGUGUGGAACUCCUACUUCAGCUUGGCUGUGCUCUACAUUAACCAGCCGAGUUUACAGCUGGAAAACCUGAGUCUUGCAAAGAGGAAGAAGAUCUUAGACAAGUACGGCGACAUGAGAGUGAUGAUGACCUAUGAACUGUUUAACUUGUGGCAGAACCUGGGAGAGAAUAAGAUCCACUUCAUCCCGGGAAUGAUCGGCCCGUUCCUGGGAGUGACGCUGGUCCCUCAGCUGGAGGUGAGAAACAUCAUGAUUCCCAUUUUUCAUGACAUGAUGGACUGGGAGCAACGCAAAAAUGGGAACUUCAAACAGGUGGAGGCUGAGCUGAUCGAUAAGUUGGACAGUUUGGUGUCUGAAGGGAAAGGCGACGAGAACUACCGGGAACUCUUCGGUUUGCUAACCCAGCUGUUUGGGCCGUAUCCCAGUCUGCUGGAGAAGAUUGAGCAGGAGACGUGGAGAGAGACGGGGAUCUCCUUUGUUACAUCUGUCACGCGACUGAUGGAGCGACUGCUGGACUACAGGGACUGUAUGAAGGGAGAUGAGACAGAAAACAAGAAGAUCGGCUGCACUGUUAACCUCCUGAACUUCUACAAGUCAGAGAUCAACAAAGAGGAGAUGUACAUCCGCUACAUCCACAAGCUGUGUGACAUGCACCUGCAGGCCGAGAACUACACGGAGGCCGCGUUCACCCUGCUGCUGUACUGGGAGCUGCUGCACUGGGACGAGCGCCCCGUUAAGGAGUUCCUGCAUCAUCCCGCUCAGACUGAGUGGCACCGAAAAGAAGGUCUAUGCCGCAAAGUCAUCCACUACUUCAACAAGGGAAAGUGUUGGGAGUUCGGUAUUCCUCUGUGCAGAGAGCUGGCCUUUCAGUAUGAGUCUCUGUAUGACUACCAGAGCCUCAGCUGGAUCCGGAAAAUGGAAGCAGCGUAUUACGACAACAUAAUGGAACAGCAGCGUCUGGAGCCGGAGUUCUUCAGGGUCGGAUUCUACGGCAGGAAGUUCCCUUUCUUCCUCAGAAACAAAGAGUUUGUUUGUCGAGGCCAUGACUAUGAAAGGUUGGAAGCCUUCCAGCAAAGGAUGCUGGGAGAAUUCCCACAAGCCAUUGCCAUGCAGCACCCAAAUCAGCCAGACGAGGCCAUCCUGCAGUGUGAUGCUCAGUACCUGCAGAUCUAUGCCGUGACACCAGUCCCAGAAAGCGUUACCGUCCUGCAGAUGGACAGAGUUCCAGACCGGAUUAAGAGCUUCUAUCGAGUGAACAACGUCCGGCAUUUCCGGUACGACCGGCCGUUUCAUAAAGGACCCAAAGACCGAGACAACGAGUUCAAGAGCCUCUGGAUAGAGAGGACGACUCUGAUCCUCACACACCCGCUCCCGGGAAUCUCACGCUGGUUUGAGGUGGACAAGAGGGAACUGGUGGAGGUGAGUCCGUUAGAAAACGCCAUCUCUGUGGUGGAGAACAAGAACCUGGAGCUGCGGACUCUGAUCAGCCAGUACCAACACAAGCAGCCACACGGAAACAUCAACCUGCUCAGCAUGACGCUGAACGGAGUCAUCGACGCCGCCGUUAACGGCGGCAUCGCCAGAUACCAGGAGGCUUUCUUUGAUAAGGACUACAUCACCAGCCACCCUGAAGACACGGAGAAGAUCACACAGCUCAAAGACCUGAUGCAGGAACAGGUUCACAUCUUAGGAGUGGGUUUGGCCAUUCACGAGAAGUUGGUGCAUCCAGAAAUGCGUCCCCUGCACAAGAAACUAAUAGAUCAGUUCCAGAUGAUGAGGAGCAGCCUCUGCCAUUGCUUCUAUGUUGCCUUUCAGGGUCCUCCUGGUUUCGACAAGUCCAGUUCAGGAGUAAACACCAGAGGGAUCCUGGCUGCUCACAGCCCCAUGAGCCCAGAGAGCUUCAAACUCAUGCACCGACACAGUGAAACUGGGAAUCUGCUGAUCCUGGCUGAUGGGAUGGUUGUGGAACAUCCGGAGGACUUCUACCGCAUGCAGGCAAGCCCCUCCUCCUCCAGUCUUAGCUCCACCCACUCAGCUCCUCCUCAGAUGAUAAACUCCACCCCCUCAACCAUGAGAGUGGGAUCUCCUUCUCUACCAGACAAGUACCGACACAACAGAGAAAUGCUGAUGCUGCUGCCGCCGCACAGGGAGAGGCCGAGCAGCGCCAUGUAUUCAAACGUCGCUGAGAAUGGACAGCUACCAAACUUCCAGCGAGCUUUGUUCCAGCAGGUGAUAGGUCCCUGUAAACCUUGCAGUGACCCAAACCUCUCAGUGGCUGAGAAAGUCCUCACCACUCCCAGCAGCUGGAGUUUGGACAGCGGUACCAGAGAGGCUCUGCCCUUCCUCUCCUCUCACGUCGGUAGCGUCAUGGCUCCACCGGUUCCACCUCGGAACAUCCUCCGUGGACAACACCUGUCGAUGCACUUUGAUGCUUUCCACAACCAGGUCAGCGACUUCCCUCCAGCUCUCCCUACGCGCUCCUUAAGAAAGUCUCCCCUGCACCCUAUACCUGCCUCGCCCACCAGUCCUCAGUCCAUCCUGGAUGGCAGUAACUCCAACCUGUCGGGCAGCGCCAGCUCUGGGGUCUCCUCUCUCAGUGAGAGUAACUUUAGUGGCCCUGCCUCCUCCUCUGACCCCUCAGCCAGCCGGACGGACACCCUGGAGUCGGUCCCGAGCAGCCAGGCCUGGACUACCGACCAGGAAGACCUGGACUCUCCCUAUCAGCCCAUCAGGUACAGCAUGUCAGAGCCCGACGUCCUGGAUGGAGUAAAACCCCCGCCCUGCCGCAGCCACUCCGCCCCUGGAGGGGUGGGGCCAGCCCAGGUGGUGUCCCAGGCUCCACCUCCUCAGUCCCAGCAGCCAGUUGGGCUGCAGCACCAGCAGCACCUCUUCUACCACCACCACUUCCACCCGCACUACAUCCCCCACAAUCCACCUCUCUACCACCUCCACGAGCCCCCCCCAGCCCUGCCACCUAAACCCUACCUCAGAGAGGGCUGCAUCCCUGAGGAGGACCCCCUGACCUCCCAGUCUGGACCAACGCCUCCCGCUCCUCGACCAAUGCCGCGUAAGAUCUCACAGCCCAUCAUCGCUGCAGCCAAGGACGAGCAGGCGAAAGUGGCGUGGGAGCACGGCAUCGGCGAGGAGUGAAAGGAGGAUGGCUGCUGGAUUUGAGGAGCAGAAACAAACGUCUGUCUGAGGAGAAAAAACUACAAGCAUAAACAGAAACAUUCAGAUUCAGAAGGGAAAAGCUGCAAAGUUAAAGGUUCAGAUCAUCAGUUUAGAGCCAGAUGCGACCCCAACAUCUGGAGAUGUCUCUCCUCCUGGUACCACGUCACAGAAUGGACCUAAACCUCCACUUCCUGAGUUAGAAUCAGAAAUGUUGCCGCUUUUUUUCUAAAUUCAUCAUGACAGACUAACAGUUGUGUAUUUUUACUCUGACUUGCUCAGAUCUGAAACCUGAGAAGGGAUCCUCUUUAAAGGUUUGCACAGGAAUUAAAAUCUUUUGAUACCUCGCUCUGAACAUUUAAAACAAACGGCACUUUAUUAAAGCAACAGAGCACCAAAACACGUAGAAGUAAUCAAUCUGCCCUCUAAUAUUUGUAUCAGUAUUAUAAGAAAGGAACAAAACCAGGGUUUCCAGAACUCAGUAAUUUACCUGAAACGCAUCAAGUAUAAAAUUGAAUCGUCCAGCUGGAUAAAUAAAUAAAUCCAUUAGAUCAUCAAUAACAAGCAGCCUUCAUGGAGCUCAGAAGUGUUUUAUAGUCUUGUGUAGAUAAAUGUUAAACAGUAAAUAAAGGUUUAUAAACAUAAUUUAUAUUCAACAGUUUAUUUGGACUGAAGGUGUAGCAAUAUGCAAGAUGACGACUUCCUGAGUCGGGAUUUGCUGCUGGAGGAUGUGCUGUUGUUUGGAGAUGAUGAUGUCAUUCUUGUUUGGAUUAGGAUGAUGUCAUUCUUCUUGUUUGGAUUAGGAUGAUGUCAUUCUUCUUGGAGACAAUGAUGCCAUUCCUUCCACUCAAACACUGAAAGGGUUUAAUGAUGCAACAGGUGAGCUUUGGAGAUAACGACACUGAAAUGAUGUUUUACUGUUUUUAUCUGAUGUAAUCAGGAGUGAAACCGUCACGGUGCAGGGACAAUGUUUAUAGAGAACAUUAACUAUGAUAAAUAAACUCUGUUAUUUUGUAUGAAUGAGCUGUAACCACUGAACAUUUUUAACCAGGGUCUUGUUUUUAUGCAUGUUUAUUUUUUGGAAGCUCAAACUGGGAACACUGAAGUAAAACCGAACUGUGCUCUGAUGUCCUCUGGUAUAAGAGAAGAGAACAUUUGGGUCAACAGAUGUUUUAUUUUGAACAUUUGCUCAUAAAUGAUAAAUGUGAAGGAAUUCAUGUUUUAUUUUAGUGUAACAAGGUUUUAAACUUCGGAUCAGACUGCAAUUAUUUCUCAGAUUUAAAUGAAAUGUGAACAAACUCCUGGUUUCUGUCAGGAUUUUAGGUUUUCUUCAUGUUUUUGAAGAAAUUUGAGUUUUCGUUGCAGAAAGAUGAGACUUUAUGGUCUGUUUUUACCUCCACACCAUCUCACUGAUGAAAGUACUCAGUUACUCAAUUAAGUUUUACGCUGACAUGUUUUGUUUUCAUUUUUUCUGGAGUAAUGGAUCUGCGUGUUUUACCAUGAAAAUAUUAGUUUCACCUGUGUGUUUCCUGCACUUUAGAAGGUAAAGAAUAUUAAACAAUAACUUCAAUCACA